AUGACUGCUGCCGAUGGCCCUCUCCAGCGAGGGGACGGUGACGUCCGAGGCGGUCUCAUGGGCUUUUACGAGCCACUUCCAAUGUUGUGCUUUCACACGGUCGUCAUUGCCGAUAACCGCGUUGUGACUGCGCUGGCGACGGAGCACGCCGAUCUCUGGCGAGCGUUCAAGGGCGGGCUUAAGGGUUGGCUCACGAACUUUGUCGUCAUGGCUGAAUUCGGCUUGCGCUUCGGUCGUGACAGGCCUGUGUGGUCGACCUGGCUUGAUUGCAUUUGCCAAUGCGUUGUGUGUCCCGCAGGCAAUAACGAUCUUGGGUUGAGGAUCACGCUCUGGUUGAGGGCCCCUUUAUCUCUGGCACAUCCAUGCAAAUGA